UUGGAAUGGAGGAGAUGCCCAUCUCUAACAUCUUUGUCUGUUCAACAUCUGUCAUCAUCCUGCGCGCCAGCUUGAGUAUUAAACUAGGGCAUCCGAGACUGCUGAAAUGUGCACAGCCAUUGUGCAGAUUGCAAGCUGGUCAGCACAGCAACGUGCAAAACUUGAGACGUUCAAUACACCAAAACAUCGCUAGCCAUACUUGUCUUGAGCUUGUAAAGGUGGUAUCGGCUAGCUUGCCAUGUAGCGUUCUGGAACAGGGACGGCGACAUCUCUGGAUGGCAAUCAGGUGGCUCAGCUGUGGCUUGGACCGCCGGUGAGACUUGAAGGUGGAUUGGAUAAGCAUCAUGUCCCCCAACCAUGCUAUCCCGCACCGGACGAGGAAGAACACCAGGCACAUCACACGGCGUGCAAGAGCGCUUUGCAUUCAAGUAUCUACGUUUUCGAUGCAAAGAUGUUCAGAAAACUAUCGACUUCUAUCAAAAUCUGGGCAUGUCCGUCGACUGGCAGACAGAUCAAAUCUCUUAUCCUGCUGCUGCAGACAAGGACCGACCGACACGGGACAAGGACAGGCGAAAAGAGGAAGUGCCACCUGAGGUCAAGAUCACAGAAAAGGCAACUGUAGUUGCAUUGUCGUAUCGUCCAACAGGCAAGACCACCAACGCACACAAUGUCCAGCUCAUUUUCGAAAAGGUCGUGUCGGGAGAUCAGGUAGAGGAACAAUCGCCACACGAGUCGCAACGGAGUUCCAUGGAUCAUUUAGCAUCUAAUCACGGAAAGCCAGGGCGUGUUCCCCACAACUAUGAGUACCUCGUCAUCUACGUCCAUUUCGUGCAUCGUCUGGCAAAAAGGUUGUCCAUCAAAGGCUUUGAAAUUGUCCUAGCACCACUGGACAUUGCCGAAGUCAAAAUGUGCAUCACACGGGAUCCGAAUGGAUUGGAGGUGCGGUUAAUGGAGUUGACGGAUAGCCAGCUGAAUGUCCCAUCCACAAAAAAGCAGUGGUAUGCUCGUUUGGGGUACUAUGCAAUACCGACACUUCAAGCCGAUGCAUCUGUUCGGUGGUAUGAAACCAUUCUUGCUUCACAUCGAACAAGAACGGCGCAAGGACAGAGAAUCACAACUUUGGACCUGGCUAUACAACGGACACCUCGAUCGGGUGGUAGUGGGGGAGGAGAUAUAGGGACAUUACUGGGUAUACCCGGUACACCCGAUCGUCCAAUUUCACGCAAAAAGCCUGGAGCCGCUGCAACGGUGCGACAGGCUAUUAGCCAAGGGCAAGGUUUCCGUCUUGUGGACACGGAAGACUUUAUCGUCGGUCUCUCCCGGUCGGUUUAUUACUGGCUUGGAAACGACUUGCGCUCGGCAACUUGCACCGUCUGCUUUACCGAACAUGCCGAUUUCGGGUCAGGCACAACUCAAGGUGGAUUUUACGAUCGAAAGGGUUCUAAACUUUUGGGUCUCGGUUUCGAGGUUCCAAAUCUGGACGCAGCCAUAAACCAACUCCGCUACGAAUUCAAAGAGGAUCUAGAGUGGGGUCACUGCCGAUCGCGGAUUCAAGGCAUCGGAACGGUGUCGAAACUGUACGAUAAGCUCAAUAAGCUUUGGAUUGAGUUACAUGCGCUGAAAGGUAGCGAACGGGAGACGCCCGUCAGAAGUCCCAAUGCCCCUUCUGCGGAGACGACCGAAGAUGAGACGGGCAAGCGCGGACGAGACCAGUUUGCCAUUAAUUUCAGUCAUUUGUCGGGGCAGGCUCGAACACUUUCUGAAGGUGCCAUUUACCGACUUCGCAAACCAGAGGAUGUCGAUAUCAAUCUCGGUGCCCCCGCACCGCCUCAACCCACCACUGGACUACCCGUCCGCGCCCAAUCGAUAUCUCUCUCUCCUUCGACCAGUGAAGAAUCCAUUAGCUCUUCCUUAUCAUCUCUACAUAUAAUUGACGGAGAUAUCGGUAGCCAGGACCUGCUGAAACCAAAACCACCUUCAACAAAAGUUCCCGCCAAGGGGGUGGCAGGAAAUCUGCGGAAAAAGCCAUCAAAGGCCGAUCGAGAGAGAUGGACGUUUUUGAGUAGGGCGAGAAGUACGUCUGCAUCUUGGUGAUAGAACCGAAAUUAUAAUGGUUUCGUUUUAUACAUAUGGCUGCAUCAUUAGCAUUGCUUGGACAUUCUUAAGUAAACAGUCUAUAUAUGAGGCAUCUUAUAAAAUUAAAGUAAUCUGGUUGGGUUGGAUAUUCAUACGUACGGGGUGCUCUGGACCUUUAUAUUCGAGGCGUGUGUUGAAGGUGAAC